GGCUGAGCAUCACUGUAUAGCGACACUGAGUCACCUGCCAACAUGUCCGACAAACCAGACAUGGCUGAGAUCGAGAAAUUUGACAAGUCCAAAUUGAAGAAGACAGAGACGCAAGAGAAAAACCUGCUGCCUUCAAAAGAAACAAUUGAACAGGAGAAGCAAGCGGGGGAAUCGUAAUGAAAUCUACCCUUCCAAAUUAUGCACUGUACAUUCCACAAGCAUUGCCUUCUUAUUUUACUUCUGUUAGUUGUUUAACUUUGUAAGAUGCAGAGGUCGGAUAAAGUUUAAAAUGACUGUACUGCCCCUUUCACAUCAAAAGAACAGAGAGAACUACUGACACUGAAUGAAGGCACUGCCUUUCCCUCUACCUGUCUGGCUUUGGUCCUGGUGGCAUGAAAGAGCUUGCAUGUUGAUGAAAGAAGAACUUGGGUGGGACUACAGUAAACUAGAGUAACACACAAAUAAAUGCAAAGCUGUACCAAGGUCCUGCAAGCUGUAAGAUGCAGUUAA